GCUCCCAGACUCCAUGGAUUCAUGAUGCCGGUUCCUCCCGGUCAGGCCUGAGCCCUUGGCCCUGGGACCAGCCACCUGCGCCCUCGGGAUCUCUGUCUUCACCCUGGGAGCCAUUCCACAUCUGGACCACAGCCGGGCAGGGUGACAGUGCUGUCCACCAAGACCUGAAAGAUGGCAUCUGGACAAGGACCAGGCCCUCCUAGGGAGGACUGUGAUGACUCCCCCUCCCCUUCUGAACAGCAGGUCGCCCAGGACACAGAGGAGGUCUUUCGAAGCUAUGUUUUUCACCUCCACCAGCAGGAGCAAGAGACCCAGGGGGCGGCUGCCUCUGCCAACCCCGAGAUGGACAACUUGCUCCUAGAACCCAACAGCGUCUUGGGUCAAGUGGGUCGGCAGCUUGCUAUCAUUGGAGACGACAUUAACCGGAGAUACGACACAGAGUUCCAGAACUUACUGGAGCAGCUGCAGCCCACAGCGGGGAAUGCCUACGAGCUCUUCACCAAGAUCGCUUCCAGCCUAUUUAAGAGUGGCAUCAGCUGGGGCCGUGUGGUGGCUCUCCUGGGCUUUGGCUACCGCCUGGCCCUGUACGUCUACCAGCGUGGCUUGACCGGCUUCCUGGGCCAGGUGACCUGCUUUUUGGCUGAUAUCAUACUGCACCAUUAUAUCGCCAGGUGGAUCGCACAGAGAGGCGGCUGGGUGGCAGCCCUGAAUCUGCGUAGAGACCCCAUCCUGAGUGUGGUGACAAUUCUCGGUGUGGUUCUGUUGGGCCAGUACGUGGUACACAAGUUCUUCAGAUCCUGACUCCCGGGGAGCCCCUUGGAGCCCCACCUACGCUUCUCCCCCUCUCCCUGCAACCGUCCUCUCCUUCCUCCAAUCAGCAAACAGUCUCCCCUGCUCUGAGGAGCCACUGCCCAGGGGGCAUCGAGGAGGCACGGAUACCCCAGCGAUGCAUGGUGCUGCCGGCCCUGUCCUGUCUGAGCAGGGCUAACCGAUGCCUCGGAGGGACAAGAGGCUGGGCACUACUUCCCAGGAAGUUUUUAACGGUUUUUGCUUUUUGUACUACCCUUUGAGGCAGCCCCCCAACACUUUUCUUCCAUGGUGCCCAAAGUCAGAAUAUGGAGGGCCUGGGGACCAGUGGUUCUAACCUGUGUUCCCAGACCUCCUGCUACUUUGGAAGGUCAGAACUGGAGACAGGGGACUUGAGCCCAGACCUGGUCCUCCCAGCGCUGGCUCCCAGGAACAGGGCUCCCUGUAAGACCUGCUCAGUCACACACACCCCAUUUUUUAUUCCACAGUUCCAUCCCUCACUCUCCUCUUCCCCUCCCACCCCCUCCCCCAUUCCAUUUUGCCUUUGUGGCUGGACUCUCAGGGAUUCUGUGCCCAGAGCGAGGGUGGAGAUGAGAGUUCAGACCACAGCUGUCUGAACGUGUUCAUCAAGGCCCUCCAAACCUGCGUCCUUCCCUGGCACCCUCCGAGUUUUCACCCGCCCUCCCUGACCCAAGGACCACUGCUCCCAACCUAGUGGGUCGGGGAGCCCCUCACCUUCUCCCCGGAGCCCUCAGGGGAGCCCGCCUCCCGGGGAGACCCUGACUGAUUGCGGAGCCUCGGGCUCAGUCAUUAUGACAGGGGAAGGGGUGAGCGCUCAUUUGAAGGUGUCCACGCUGAAGAACCACACCAGCAGGAGCAAUCAUGGAUCUGGGUGCAGUGUGACCCCCGGACCUGUGAAUACUUGAACCACACCAUCACCCACGCUCCUCCUCGUCUGCCUAGACCUUCCUUGGGUGGGGUGGGGGGAGGGGGUCUCAUGAGUUGCACAACGUAGGGGUAAGGGGAGAGAAAAACUCUCGAUGAAGCCAAAUGCAGAAAGGGGAGGCAGACGGGUCCCCCACCUCACCCUCUGACUGUGUCUGGAAAUAAACUGUGCAAUCCCCCCAA